AUGGCGGGAGGUAAUUCUGAGAAGGGACAGCGCUACGCCGUUGCCUUGGACCUGGCGCGUGCCCAAGGCAAAUGGGAUGAAGUCCCAGAAUUGAUCCGAAAGGUCACUAAGCAUGCACCGCAAAGGAUAUGUUUGAUUCAAACAGCAACGGCUGAAACUCGAGUCGUCGAGUAUCUACGACAGAAAACUGGCCCCGAGGCUCCCGAAGACGAUCCUACACCUGCGCCUGAGCCCAAUCUUCCAGAGCUAAUUCCUGCUCUAUUGACAACGAUCGACAACAAUGACGGUUCCACGCAGGAGAUACUUCAGGCGCAAGUCUGCGUGGGAUGGAUUCAUUGGGCCCUAGCCGAGCCCAUGUUGGCCGCAGCACGUCUUCCAAAGGACUUUACUAUGACCGUUCACGACAUGCUGAGUGAAGGCGAUGGCCUUUCCUCCUGGACUGAGGUUUGCAUGGUCAAGGGAUGCUACAUUAAAGGAUCAGCGCAAUCUACAGUCGCGGGAAUUGACGAAACUCUGGAGACCUUUGCUUCACUCGUGCCAUGGCUCGGGAGCGGGGUGCUCACGGCGAGUACCAACGCGCAAUUCUUGAGUUGGUCCGAAACCAUGCUUGGAAAGGGCGCCCUGAUGGCGAGUGAAACAGCGACCAAAGCUGCACCUAUGUCUGAUCCCAGACAUGUGGAAAUUGCGCUUCAGCUUUUCCGCCUUUGGGCGUCUCUUACUUCGGUGAAGCAAGGGCUCGCUUCUCCACAGACCUUGUACACUGACGCCUCCGGUUCACUGUCUCGGGUCGCUAUCUGGAGGGCCUACUAUGGAUUCCUCACAACUGUUCUCCAGGACAACCUCAUUUACGCUCCUACUCACAGCGGCGUUCCAGAACGCCCCCAAUUGGCUAGCGAAUUACGGCGUAUUGAGGCUAUUUGCGAAAACAAUCUUCUUCGGGAGGCGAAAUUCCCCACGGCCAGUUCCAACAACUCUCAAGUUGAGGAAUGGAUUGAACUGGUCAUCAAGAAUUGGCAGGUUCUUUGCGGACCGCACUGGCAGGACCAGGAUCUUGGCGAAGGGGGUCAGAAUGCCGUCGGCCGGAAUGUUUUGGACAUGCUUUACCGCGCAGCAACCAAAACAUACCAUUCGCACCUUGUUCUUCGGCGUUUGUUCCAUGUUCACUCGGCCUUGGCGGACUUUGAUUUGGCCAUUCAAGCUCUAGACUCUUACAUUGAGAUUGUGACUGCCGCCAAGGAAAGAGCUGAGAAGGGGGCUGAACUUGGUGAGUUGGAGAGUGACGAAACACUGCUCCAGACUCUCGCCGAGGGUGUUUCUUUACUCAGCUGUCUUGGAUCGCUUGCCGAAGCAGAAAAGGCCAGGGAUUUGACGGAACUGAUCAGGGAGUAUAUCGACAAGCAAAUUGCCGGUAAAGAAAAUGCCAAAAUCGACGGCAAGCUAUUGCUUCUGCAAGGUUCAAACUCGUCUAACUCUCGAGAAGUUCCUCUCGCGACACUCGCCACUGCCUACAGAGCAAUUGGUGUCGGCCUUGCUACUUGGGCAUAUUAUACUCCCUUGAAUGAAGCUCGUGAUGAGAUCCGAGCUGAAGCCAUUGAAUACCUUGAAAAGAGCAUCGCGCCUGAGCUGGGCGACCAAAGAAACUACUCCUCGCUCUACACUCUCGCCGUCGCACUGGCCGAAAAUCGUGAUCUGGACACUGCAAUCAACUGCGUCAAAUCUGCUCUAGGCUCACAUGGCUCAGCUCCUAACUCCGAGGAUCUCUUCAGAGAGCGCGACCUUGUGCCACUUUGGCACUUGCUUUCGCUACUGCUCAGCGCUAAGCAGGACUUUGAAAUCGCGGAGCGCUCGUGCGAAGCUGCCUUUGAGCAGUUCCCGGCCGAGAUCUUUACUAGAAACAGGCGUCCUGAAAGACGUGCGUCCAGAAACUCGCAAUUUUCUGGCCCUCCCAAGCGCACAUUUGUCAGCCGAUUGUCAGGCCGUGAGAAAGAACGCAUUCUCGAGACUCGCAUCACGCAGGUCGCAUUCACUGAAAUUCUCGAAGGGCCAGAGGCUGCUGUCAAUCAGAGUGACCAACUAUUGGGACUCUUCAGCAGUCUGUUCUACGACUUCAACCUUGAGGGUGAGGGAAGAACAAAAUCCUCCAAGCCAGAGCAUCUAGUACCACCGAAAAGCUCUGCUGGUACAACGAAAAGCUUCCGUAGCAGCAUCUUCCAUCGGAACAGAAAUUCUCAACUGCCAGAGCGCAGAGCCGAUCCAAUCGGCUCAAAGCCAACUACCCCGACCCCGCCAGUUCCAGCCAUUCCAAACGGACAUUCCCCUGGAGCAGAUGCACCUGCCAUCCAGGUCACAAAUGAAGAUACCCACGUACAAUCCGAUCGCGCGUCUACAGUUGGAAGGUCGGACUCCAAAAGGUUGAAGAAACGCAGCAGCAGCUUCCUCAGGAGUGAGCGACCCCGAGGCCAGGAACCCCCUCUCCCGAACGGAGCAGAGUCUCCAGAGUUGGUUGGCAUCGCGGUAUCUGGAAAUACAUCACCCAUGUCAGCCCACCAUGCGACGACUGCCAAACAACCCCUGCAGCCAAUGGCACACAACGUGCCUCCCAUGCAACAACCACCCCCAAUUGGUCAUAGGAAUCAGCCACCAUUGCACGACGUUCGAAUUCCAAGCACGGCUUAUCACAGAUUCGACUCUCCAUCAAAGGCUAUUACCAAGUUCUCAAUUGCUCAGUCCGAGAAACAUGCCCUCGGAAUGCUUAUCAAAUUGUGGCUCGUUAUUGCCGGAAUGUACCGUCGUGCAUCUCUGUUCGAUGAUGCCCGCGAGGCCUGUGAAGAGGCUGCAAAGCAAGUCACACGGGUGGAAUCUGUGACAGCAGCGCUCGAGUCAUCAGCGCGGGCCUUCAGCAAUCGUGGCUGGAGUGCUGCUAAGAGCUGUGAUGAGCUUUGGGCUGAUGUCUACUCCGAACAAGGCAUGUUGAGCAUAGCUCAAUCGAAUCCUCACCAAGCCAUUAGACACUUUGAAGAGGCGCUUUUGCGCCAGUCCAACCACUCAAUAGCGACUAUUGGACUUGCAACCCUUCUUCUAGAUGUCUGGGACCAGAAGUUGCCGCUUGAGGCAGCGAAAGCCGACGUGGAUCUUAAUGCUUCUCGCCUCUCCUUGCUCACAGAAACCCCCAAGCCAAAGUCUGGCAAGGCUGUCUCGAUUGAUGAGUUGAAGGCCGCUGAAGCGCUGGAGGUUGAGGGUUCAGCAGAGGGUUCAGCCUCAGCACACGAUGUUGACCCUAAACACCUCCACCGCCUCGCAGCACGGGAUCGUGCCUACGGUCUCCUUUCCGCAUUGACCAAGCUUGGCAGCUCGUGGGAUAGCUCUGAGGCGUGGUAUGCCCUAUCCCGGGCAUACGAGGCCGGCGAGCAGGUCGAGAAGCUGAAGGAGGUGCUUUGGUGGUGCAUUGAAUUAGAGGACCGCCGUCCUAUUCGACACUGGUCGAACAUUGGAUCAGGCCUCUACGUUCUCUAA